AUGAGCGUCCCGACAUUCAUGCCCGAUGCGGCGUGGAUGCUCCGCCUGCCGCUGCUUGCGCCCUUCGGAGUCUUCGCCUACGACGGCUCGCUGACGCCCGCGGAGCUCGGCGACGCUGGCGUUCCUCGCGGGCCACCGGUAGCUUUUGACCCAGAGGAGACCGGCGCCGUCCGGGCUUUCUUCCACUG